UUCAAAACGAAGUUUUUUAUUACAUUAUUAAUUUUUUUUGAAUACUUCUUUUAUAUUUUUCUAAUAGUUUUUCUUAAUUUAUUAUUUAAAAUAUAAAGCUUAAAUAUAAUUUCUUUUUAUUGAAACAAUAUGAAAAAUAUUAUGUUCAAUAUAUGACGUAGCACGCACCGAGAUAUCGAAUCAACUGUCAUUGUGAUAUUUUAUAUAAUCAGUGGAAUGUGUAUUUAAGUAAAAAAAAAUAAUUUAAAUAUGAAUUUUUAUUCGAUUAAUAAUAAACUCUUAUGUAAAAAUUAUAUAAUUUAUAUUACAUUUUUCAUAUUGAGUAUAUGGAUUGUAAAAUCAUGUGCACAAGAAAAUUCUAACCUUAAACAUGAAAAUAUUACUUUAGAUGAUAAAAAUAUCGUAUUAAAAGAUUCUAUGCCAACGAAUUUAAGUACCGAUAUAUUAAUAGAACAUACAUUAAAUAAUUCUAAUAACAAUAAUUUAAAAUUAAAUAUUACUAUACCAAACAUAGUAAAUAUAUCUCAAAAUAUAUUUACAACUACAAUCCGAUCAGAUAAUAAUUUUAAUAAUCAAACUACAGAAAAGAUUAAUAUAUUGUCUACGAAUAUUACUAAUAAUAAAAAUGGAAACAAUACGUUAGAUUUCACAAUUUCAUCACAAAAUUCAGAUAUUAAUAAUACAACUAAUACAAGCACAACAACAGUUGUACCAGCAGAACCAAUAUUACCUGAUAAAGGAUCAGCAGAAGAAGAACAUAAUAGUUCUAUGUCUAUAUUUUUUGUCCUUUGUGUUUUAGCUUUAGGCAUUUUACUUAUACAUCUUAUGUUACAAACAAAUUUUCAAUAUCUACCAGAGUCAGUAGUAAUUGUUUUCUUGGGAGGAGCUAUUGGUAUGAUUAUAAAUCUUAUGUCAAAUCAAAAUAUAGCUAAUUGGAGAAAAGAAGAAGCCUUUUCUCCUACUGCAUUCUUCCUUGUACUUCUUCCACCUAUUAUAUUUGAAUCAGGAUAUAAUUUGCACAAAGGAAAUUUUUUUCAAAAUAUUGGUAGUAUUUUGGUUUUUGCUAUAUUUGGUACAGCAAUAUCUGCAUUUGUUAUUGGAGCUGGAAUUUAUUUGUUGGGAUUAGCUCAGGUAGCAUACAAACUUAGUUUUGUUGAAAGUUUUGCAUUUGGAUCAUUAAUAUCAGCAGUAGAUCCUGUUGCUACUGUAGCUAUAUUUCAUGCCUUAGAAGUAGAUCCAGUAUUAAAUAUGUUAGUUUUUGGUGAAUCCAUUUUAAAUGAUGCCAUUUCUAUUGUAUUAACUACAUCUGUAUUGGAAUCCAAUAAUGCAACAACUACCAGUGAGGCUAUUAUACUUGGCUUAAACAGAUUUUGUCUUAUGUUUUUUGCCUCUGCUGGUAUUGGAGUUGUUUUUGCUCUUAUAAGUGCAUUACUACUUAAACACGUGGACCUCAGAAAAAACCCUUCCCUUGAGUUUGGACUUAUGUUAGUAUUUACUUAUGCACCUUAUGUUUUGGCAGAAGGCAUACAAUUAUCUGGUAUUAUGGCAAUUUUAUUUAAUGGAAUUGUAAUGUCACAUUAUACACAUUUCAAUUUAUCAACUGUUACUCAAAUUACAAUGCAACAAACUAUGAGAACUUUAGCAUUUAUUGCUGAAACUUGUGUAUUUGCUUAUCUAGGAUUAGCUCUAUUUAGUUUCAGACACAGGGUUGAACCAGCACUAAUUAUAUGGUCUAUAAUUCUAUGUUUAAUUGGUAGAGCUGCAAAUAUUUUUCCUCUAGCCUUUCUUGUAAAUCGUUUUCGAGAACAUCAAAUUACUAAAAAAAUGAUGUUCAUAAUGUGGUUUAGUGGAUUACGUGGUGCUAUUUCUUAUGCUUUAUCAUUGCACUUGGAUUUUAGUGAUGAAACACGACAUGUGAUUAUAACUACUACAUUAAUUAUUGUAUUAUUUACAACAUUAAUAUUUGGUGGUUCCACUAUGCCAUUAUUAAAAUUUUUAAGAGCAGAAAAGAAACAAAAGAAUAAUAGUAGAAGAAAAAGGAAAGAUAAAGAAGUUUCAUUAAGUAAAACUAGAGAAUGGGGACAAACAAUAGAUUCUGAACAUUUAUCAGAACUUACAGAAGAAGAAAUUGAAGUAUCUUUUCUUCAAUCUCGAAUUCGUGGUUUCGCAAGAUGGGAUUUAAAAUUUUUCAUUCCAUUUUUCACAAGAAGAUUUACUCAGCAAGAAUUGAAAGAUUGUAAAUCUCAAAUGACAGAUUUAACAAAUCAAUGGUAUCAAGCUAUUCGAAUUAGUCCAAUGGAAUCUGAUGAUGAAGUAACAAAUACAUCAACAGCACAACUAAACAUAAAUUUAUCAGUGGAAAAUCAAAAUCAAAUACAUGGAAAACAAAGUAAAAGACGUCCAAGUCACGGGUCUAUAUUAAAGAGGACGAAGAUUGGUCUGAUUAAUUAUCAAAUAAAUUUAGUAUCAAUUUAAUAUCAUUAAUGAAUUAUAUGAUAAUAAAUUUAUGAGUAUUU